UUAUCGUCAGUGCUUGUUCUAAAGAUAUGAAAAAUAUAAAAAAAUAGAUAAGUUAAGAUAAAUGUUAAAUUGAAGGUUAAUAAACUAGCAACUAAUAGAAACGAAUUUCAGUUACGUUAUGUUAAUGAUAUAAAAUUUAGUACUACAUGUUUAAAACUUAACUUUUAAGGAGCUUAAAAUCGGCUCUCCUUCGUCUAUACUUUUCUUUCUUUUAUGUAACUGACGCUGUUGCUGUUUAAGUCUUGAUACUACGAUUGCAGCUAGUGCCUGGCAUGGGAAUGUUGCAUAAAUUGGGAGGGGGCAAUAUGUUUGUCGUGCAACAUAUUUUCCCUCUCCCUUGAAUCAUAACCCAUUUACCGCGCAUUGCCACGGUAUCAAUCAGUCGAAUUCUGAUUGUCUGAAAUCAAAGGAUUGCUGUGCGUCUUAAGCCCCGCGACGUCCGUCGACCGCCGUUGUGUCCGCAUGCCAACCACCUGUACCAAUAGCGGGCGUCUUGUGUUGGAUUGAAUAAGCGUUCAUGAGCAGCCACGCACAAAAAUAACCCUCACAGGCGAUCAAAGUGCGCCGUUGGCAAAUGGAAGCAGGUGACGGUGGAAUCAAUAACAGUAACAUUUUAUGCCGUAUGACAAUUUUCGUCGGCUAGUGAGUGUCUGUGGAUUACAAACGCAGUUGAUCUAAACGACUCCGGUGUGCGCUUUCUAUUCGAAAACAUCUCAGUCAAUCUUAAGAUUGGAUCUAUCAGAGGAGUCGCGCGUGCUAUCAGCGAUUAUCGGUCCUGUCUUUCUAUAGCAGUCCUAAAAGGGACUUCUAAGAAUUAUUGAUAAGUUUGCGAUUGUACAGUUUUUUUUGCAGAACAUUUACGAUAUUUGUCAGCUACCUAUUGGAUCGUUCACGUAUUUCGAAGUUUGUCAGUGUGAUGACCGAAGUUGCUCUUUGAUUUGAUAUUGUGCACAAAUAAUUUAUUUGUAUUUGUGGAAAACUUACUGGACUAUUGUGGUGCUUGGAUGUUUCGCCGAAAGUUCCUCCUUUGGCUUCUCGUUGCGACGCUCACCUUUGAAGCCAUCUAUGUGCAGGCCAAGCCUAAACAAAACAGUUGGCAGUUAUGGCUCCCAUCAAUGGCCGACAUCGUAUCAAGACUGCCUUCUCUGACGACCAUUGCGGCGCAGCUGCCUUCUCUUUCGAGCCUUUCGCCUAUACAAACUUUCUUCUCGCCCGGAAGCGGCGCAUCAAUAUUUGGUCCAGCUCUUGCAGACUUUGGCUCGUAUAUCUCUGGUACCAUGCCAGCAUUCAGCGAUGUGUACACAUCAAUUCCCUCCUGGGAAGAUUGGAACGGACUACUUCCAAAUAUUCCGCGGCCAAGCUCUAUCUAUGGGCAGCUUCCACAAGAGAUUCAAUCAAGCCUUCAACAAAUGUGGGCGCAGAUGAAUCCUCUAGAUGUUGAGACGUUUCGUAGACGGCAGUAUCAGAGAGGCGCUAUGCUGAUGCUCGGUUUAGCAGGUUUCUAUUCUAACUACCAAAGACGGUAUAAACAGUACCGUAAGGGUAUUGAACAAUAUGUGGAACCUCACGAGCGCAAGCAGAAGUAUACCGAAAUGAAGCGAGUAUGUUAUUACUCAUUACCUCAAAGAAAACAUGGCAAUGACAGUCUGGCUCCAGCUAACAUUAAAUCCGGCCUUUGUACACAUCUCAUGUUGAACGACGCCACUGUGUCGGCAGAGAGUGGCGCAGUAUCAUUCUCCUACGAUGAGACAGACGAUGGGCUCCUCCAGGAUAUGAUAGGGAAACUUAAAGACGCCUCACCCAAAAUACUUCUUUGUGUUGGUGGACGUGGUCCCGAAAACGCAGUGGGACAAGAUACAACCAAUGCUUUUCAACACAUGGCGCACUCGAAAAAAAAAAGGCUUAAAUUCAUUCGUUCAUCGAUGGGACUGGUACGCCGUUACGGUUUAGCCGGAGUAGAUAUCGAUUGGCGAUCUGGGGCAGGCGGAUCACAUCUGGCUGACUUUUUUGAGGAGUUUCGCGGAUACAUGGAACCCUGGGGCAAUGAUGCUAAAAACGACGGCGACAAAGCAGCUCCUCUAAAGGAUAUACUCCUCACCGCUACGGUACAAGCAAUGCCGUGGGCUUCAUUUGCCCCGAAUGAUGUGCGCCGUUUAGCGAAGCAUGCAGACUGGAUUAAUGUGCGAGCCUUCGACGAUAGUAGUCAGCAUGUUGCUACGCCUCAGUACGGUGCGCCUUUGUUCAAGCUCCGAGAUGGUAGACAGCGGAAUCCUAACGCAGCUCACAGCGUGAUGGCAUGGACUGUCCGUGGGAUCCCACACCAUAAACUUGUAUUGGGCGUGCCUCUCUUUGGUAGAAGUUAUCACGUCAUGCCACAACCUGGAUUCGAGCAUGCAGUUCCAGCUACGCUUCGUUUCAGCCAUGAUUUUCACUUUGUCGGAAAGCCUGACCUAACGAAACAGACAAGGCUAACAGGCGGCGAAUUCGGAGGCAACUUUUUGCGAAGGAAAGACCCUCCUUACCUUGCAACGAUGGUAUCCUUCAGUAAUCUGAAUACAGCGAAGAAUUCGAAAAGCGUCUCUAAGGGCCAUGGUCGUGUCGAUAAACGGCAGUUCUUUGCGGAGAAAACCCGAAACGAAGCCGAUUUUAAAGUUAAAGCAAAUACCCCUCCAAUUGAACGAACUGUGCGGGCAGGAAUCGAACAUGAGAAUAUCGGACCCUAUGUACAGGUGCACUCCGAGCGAGACUGUCUGUCGACUCUUUGCUCUGGAACUGGUACAGCACAAGGGAAGGCGGAUUUAAAUAAAAUUCUACACAGAUCUAACCAUAUUUAUACUCCAAGGUUUAAUCAAGAGGCAAACGGAAAAGAUGUUAAUGGAUCCUUUAGGGAAAAAGCUGCGAUCGUGCAGCAUGACCUUAAAAUGGGAAUACCACUUAGCCUACAGCCUCCGAAUGCUGUACAGAGAAGCAGCAGCUCAGAUAGAAGCUACAUUUAUCGUAACCUGAACACCCUAAAACGGACAACAGACAGAGAACCAAUUGCAUUAAAAGGGGACCAAUAUCCUGCACUUACGAUGGCACGCAGUCGCGAUCCAAUAAAGAACGUAGUUACUCCUGCUAAAGCAGCUUCAUUUCCCGUACAAAUGCCUAAUUAUUUGCCAAUGAAGGUAUCAAAUAUAAAGGACCAGUACUCAUUCCUCACUACUGAAGUGGCAACCCACAAUGGAGAAGUUGUUUUUUUUCUAGAUAGAGGACAGUUAUCCAAAGGUGAAAUCCUAAAAACGACGAUAAAUCCCUACCGCAGUGUUCUCGCGUCAGCGAAGGUUGCUGACGAAAAGGAACCUAAUACACAAAGAACAUUCGAUAACUACAUACUCACUAGGAGUGAAACAACUAUAAACGAACUAACGAACAAAGGUGUCGGGGAUCGCGGUGUAAUGACUGUCGCAAAAACAAUCAAGGAUAGUGUCAACGCAGUAAGGCCUUCUGAGGCUAAAGAAAUGAUCGGAAAUGUAUCUGACGAACUUUCUGAGAGUUUGAAGCGUGAUCUCGUAGGAAAUAUGAUGGUCAAGGAUCAACAUUUGAGAAAUGAUGGAACGACAACGGAAAAAGUGUCAGACACACAAAUACUAAUGGGCAUUGAGCCUCCCGAUAAUAAAAAUGUUAUAUUUAAUGAGGCUAUGACAAAUGUUAUUAUGGCCCCUCAGCACAUUUCUACACUUCAAACCGAGUUGGAUAACCACGGAAUAGUUCCUUACGCACAGAUUUGCAGGAUGAUCGGAGAUCGCAGCGCAUUCCAGCUGAUACGUGACAACUCAUCUCAUGCAUCCAUCGCCUCGAAUGGUGUACACUGGAUUUAUUUUGAUGAUCAACGCGACGUCGCUGCAAAGGCACGUUGGAGCGAGGAUAUGGGCCUUGGAGGUAUUGCAUUAUUUUCCCUCAACGAAGAUGACUGGGAAGGCAAUUGUGAUCCUAAUGGAACCCCGUUUCGGAUAGCUCGAACAGUAUGGAAAAUUAUCGGUUGAUACACACGCAGUGAAUUUAGGAGCAACUAAUCCGACCAAAUCAACAUUGCUAAAGACGCACCAAGGAUGUUAAUAUUGGCGUAAAUAUAAGCCGAACAUUGGCGUCCAGUGUGCAUAGUUUGUAUGAGAGCCAUCCUUGGCAGAGCCUCCCAGUCUAAGAAGUAAAAGGACAACAUAAUACGGCUAAAAACAGUUCGCCUUAACAUUGUCAGCACGAUAGGCCGGGCUUGCUGUCAGGGUGGUAUAGUUUGUCAGGCUAAUGAUGUUAGCUAAAGAACUAAAGAAGAUUUUGGAUCUCGAUCCAGACCUCUUAAGAUAACGUAGUAGUAAUCACGAAUCUCCUCUCUCAAGGCAACAAGUCUCUAAAAUGAUACUGCUUAAAAUUCAAACCUCUAUUUAAAUCUUCAUCACACUUUAUCUUACACAAGUUCUUGCGACUUCAGCUGCAAAUGCGACGUUUAACAUAAUAGCGGCUGAAGAUUUAUGUUUUUGUCGUGCUUAUUAAUAGCAAGAACUUUUAAAAAAUCUCAGAAGAGGGAAGCCGCUAACAGCUCUACAAGGAAUCACCCUAUGAACCUCUUCACAUUAUACCUACCACUACACCGAAAAUAUAAGACCCAUGAACCUGAGUUCGCAAAUAACUGUUGUAUGUUUUAAUCACUUAAAUGAUACAAAUUGUUAGAAGUGAAGAUGGCGCUCGUACUAAUUGACUCAAGCUAUCAUUUAACCAUACGUGGUACAAAAUAUUGGUUUCUUGAGUCCUUAGAAGUGUUAAAAUAUGUUUGCUUCCAUUCGACGUUGUGACUGUUGGCUCAUGUUUGAUAUAUAUAUAUUUAUUUUGUUUGUUAAGAGUUAUGAUGUUUACAUAAGAUGAAUAUAAUCUACGGCGAUGUAGACUUUUAUGUAUGUUUACUGUAAUUUAUUGCAAAAUGAGCAACUCAUACUUCGUUUGAGCCAUCCGAGCUCUACAGUUGUGUAAGGAAAAGAGAACAUAUAUAUGGGCCAAACUUUUAGAAAUAUGCCAAUAUAUCUGCCGAACACUCUACUAUCAUUUGUGUGCUAAUUGGGCUCACUAAAAGUAAUUCAUUUUCACAAAAAUGUCUAUUAAAAACACUUGGCCUCAAUCGUUAAUUACUAAUAUUAAUAACUAAUAAUACAGCUUCCAAUGAUUUUAUAACAGUAACCCAGUCAUCCAGCAAAUUAAGAGGGAAAAUAAUCUUCCUCCUAAAAGGGGCUACGAUUAUGACUACGAAGCCGACAACCUAUAAUAAUAUACUGCCAAAUUGAGCAAGUCAAAGAUUAUAAUUGGUCUGCCAUAGGUCCACAUAGAAUUAUACCAUUCACGUGUCAGGUUCUGCUACGCAGUGCGAAGCAGGAUUUUCAGUAGCCCAAAUACCGGUACGCCCAAAAGUUGCAUUUACUUCGAACAGAGCAAAAGAACUUCAAUAAAGCGCGCACCAACCUCCAAGAAUUAGGAUUAAGUUUGUAUAACUAUCGUGGCUAUGCCAUAAUUCUGUUAUAAAUGUUCAUAAUUAUCCGCAAAAUGAUGCUUUUGACAAUAUUGCCUUGUUCUAAGGAUCCACCAUGCCACUAAAAUCAUUGAAAAAUAACUUCAUUUAACACGUUGCCAACAACAACGGCGUAACCUACAACUUGUGUUAAUUUCCCUGAAAAAUUAGAAUAGAUGGCAAUCGAUAUCCCAUAUGUUUGGAACGCGGUAGCUUAUAGUACAGCAUUUCACCCUGGUUCAUCUAGUCUCCAAAAUGAUUGCGUAAUAUAACUUAACGUAACAACUUGUUUUCAGUUUGCCUUUGAAAAUAUAGCUGCGGCAAAAAAAUAAAGUGCUAAAAUACUUGAUUAUUUCAUGUAGAUCAUUUUUCAGAUUUGGUCAAAGGAAAAAUCUACUAACGCAAACUCCACAUACCUCCUUACUUACCUGUGUACAUCUUAAAAAUUUUAUGGUAGUAAAAUUUUGAUCACUACUCGCUCGCUAAAAAACGGAGUGACCCAUAUAGCUCCACCUUCCCCUAUCUCGUAGUUCAGAUAGUAAUCACUAACUAAUAAUAUUUGCUUACUAAAACGUAUAGUGUAAUAUGGAACGUGACUCAUCAAAAACCACUCUCAGUUGUGAUUUGUCUAUCACACAACCCAUAAAUAAUUCAUGUAUUUGUUUUUGACGUCCUAAGAGUACACUUCUCAUUGAAUGUAAGUGUUAGAAUAACCGAAGUAUGUUUUAAAUGCACCCAGAUAAUUUGGUAUUUCGCUAUAGACAUCUACGUUUACAUAUAUAGCGUAUUUAUGCCCUCAAAAAAUUUUGUCUGCCUACAUUAACUAAUGCUGGCUAUCCGU